AUGGUGUUGAAAGCCGGCUACCGCGCCUGGCCGCUGCGCCAUCGCCUCAUCGGUUGGCCCAACCUCGCGCGGUAUGGCCUCGUUGCCUGCCUCUUCACCCUUUUCCUCUCCUUGCUCUUGAUCCUCCGCUCCUCCACAGACCCAACAUCCUACUUCAGAUCACGGCCACGGCCUGUCGCCCUCAGCGAUGCCUACCUCGCCGCCCUCAACGCCUCAUCGGAGGCUCGUCAUCCCAUCGACGAUCUAAUCGCUUAUGCCAAGCGCACUCAAGAGAAUCUCCUCUCCGAACAGUCGAAAGACUUGAAGACCGCCGCCCAUCGAUAUCGUGCGAGGCGUCACCGGCACCCGCCUCCGGGCUUUGAUAAAUGGUUCGAGUAUGCCAAGAAACACAAUGCCGUCAUCGUCGAGCAGUUCUUCGAUCGCAUAUACCACGACCUUCUGCCCUUCUGGGCAUUGGAUGCUCAGCAGACUGCUACUCGAGCCGCCUCUUGGUCCCAUAUCGUCCGUGUGCGAAACGGUGUCGCCGAGGGCGUCGGCGAUACCAAGGGUCGCGUGCCAUGGCUGAAGCACUGGACCGAUCUCGUGGCCGAGGCGGCAGAGUGGCUGCCCGACGUUGAUAUGCCCAUCAACUAUAUGGACGAGUCCCGUAUCAUUACCCCUUGGGAAGAAAUCAAUGGUUACGUCGAGAAGGCCCUCAUGUGGAGGAAGGUUACUCCACUCGACCAAACCAUCCAAAAAUAUACUGGCUUGGCCAAGAUAGAUGCGAUCGAGGGAAAGAAGCCAUACGACCCCGUUUGGCUCAAAGAAGACUCGCCAAGGUUCUGGAACAUUGCGAGGACAGGUUGUGCGCCGAAAUCGCCUGCCCACGAUGUCCCUGCUCUGGCUGACUACUCGCUUCCGCCUGCGUUUCCCGAUGACUGGGCUCCAUCCUAUUCUGAGAAGGGUUAUGUAAAGAACUUCACAGCGGCAUCUGACCCGUGCAUCCAACCGCAUUUACGUGCAUUGCACGGCUCGUUUGUCGAGCCCAUUACCAUGUCCACCACCAAGGAGCUCAUUCCCCUGUUCGGCGGGUGCAAGCUUCCUCUGAACAACGAAAUUCUCAUCCCCGGUGCAAUGUAUCUGACUGACGAUCCGUUCUACUCGGGAGGUGAGACACACGGGCCGCCGUGGCUGGAAAAGAAAGAUGGCAUUGUUUGGCGCGGUGUGGCGUCCGGCGGCCGCAACAGGGCUGACAAUUGGCCGCACUUCCAGCGUCACCGUCUGGUAGAGAUGCUCAACGGGACCACCGUCACCAACGUCGAGCGGAACGGCGCAAGGGCCAUGACCUUUGAGCUGCCGCCGCAAGCCGUAUACGACUUCCCUCGCCGCCGCCAAGGCGUGUUGGGAGAAUGGCUCACCAACAUGUCGGACGUGGGAUUCAACAACUUGUUGUGCUUCCCGAAGGAGUCGAAUUGCACCUACGUGGCCCCCUACUUCCACGAGAAGCCGAGCAUGCCCAUGGCGGAGCAGUACAUGAAUAAAUACAUGCCGGACGUGGACGGCAACUCGUUCAGCGCGCGCUUCAGGGGCCUGCUGCUCUCCACGAGCCUGCCCCUCAAGAGCACUAUAUAUGCGGAGUGGCACGACGACAGGCUGCUGCCGUGGCUCCACUUUGCCCCCUUCGACAACACGUUCCAGGACCUGUACGGCGUGCUGGACUACUUCACCCGAGACAUCAAGGGUGACCUGGCGGCCUGGAUGAUUGCCGAGACAGGCAAGAUCUGGGGCGAGCAGGUGCUUCGGCGCGAAGACAUGCUGCUCUACGUGUGGAGAUUACUGCUUGAAUUCGCGCGAGUGUGCGACGAGAACCGCGACCGACUCGGCUUUAUAGACGACCUGGCUCAGCCGCAAAAGCACUGA